AUGGUGUUCGCCGACGUCGGCAGGCGUUCACCUGAACGAAGGGGGCGGAGUCCCAGUGUGGUCAGCAGUAUAAGCCAUCGAUCGAGACACGACAGCAGUGCCCGAACUGCUCCUGCUCAACCACCCUCCCCCGAUGCACAACCUGCGCCGAAUAUAACUCUCCUGGCAGAUGAGAAGCCUGUUGCAAGCGGCAAUGGCGUCUCAGUUUCCAUUGCACUGGCAGAACCAGUCUUGUUCCUGCAAGGGUUCGAUCCCAAUGAUCCAUCUACUCACAGCACGACAAUGCUCCGCGGGAGUCUCCUCUUGAGAGUACAGAAGCAGGCGAAGCUAAAAUCAAUAUCUCUGAACUUCCGCGGCAAGUCAGAAACGGAGUGGCCGGAAGGGAUCCCUCCGAAACGCGUCGAGUUCCGAGACACCACCACAAUCAUGAACCAUACGUGGUCCUUCUUCAACGCGCAGAUCCCCCAAGCCGAAUAUAGCUACGGUGCGGACAUUGUCCAGCUCUCCAAGGGGGGUUCUAUAGAGUCGAAAGAAAUUGGCGUUACGGCGUCUUCAUUUGACCUCUUCCAGCGCAGUGCGUCUCCAGCCAAAGGGCACCCAACGACUCGCGAUCUCAAACGGUUGUCCCUUCAGGCAAAUCAUUCGAGGAGCUUCGGUAAAGGUGACACAAUGAAUGGAGGCCCGACUGUCGCCCAACGUGGGUUUAAGGUAUUUCACCCCGGUGAUUAUGUCUACAAUUUCGAACUCCCACUCGACUCAAGGUUGCCAGAAUCAAUCAGUGUCGACCUCGGUCAUGUCAAGUAUGAACUAGAAGCCCUUGUUGAACGUUCCGGCGCCUUCCGUGCCAAUUUGGUGGGCACGAAGGAGUUGACCUUGAUCCGAGCCCCCGCCGAGGGAUCCUUGGAACAGGUGGAACCUAUCGCGAUAUCUCGGAACUGGGAAGAUCAGUUACACUAUGAUAUUGUGAUUUCAGGAAAAUCAUUCCCACUCGGCUCGACGGUGCCCAUUGCCUUCAAAUUGACUCCCCUCGCCAAGGUCCAAUGCCACAGGAUCAAAGUGUUCGUGACGGAGAAUAUACAAUACUUUACGAAUAACAAAAAGGUACACAGGCUGGAACCCACGAGAAAAGUCCAACUUUUCGAGAAACGUGCCGAUGGACACAGUGUAACUUCCUACCCCGGGAGUUCAAUGCGGAUUCUUGCGGGUGGUGGUGUCCCCUACGACUAUCGCCAACAAGCUGCCGCUGGUGAUGAGGAUAUCCCCCGAGAUCAGACAAACUUGCUCGGCAAUCUGGAUAACGACGCUGGAAGUAUUGGUCCUACAGAGAUGGAAUUCAACGUGCAACUGCCGAGCUGCCACCAGAUGAAGGACAAAUUGCGAAGCGAGCGAUUACAUUUCGACACCACAUACUCCAACAUUCAAGUGAACCAUUGGAUCAAGAUCGUGAUGCGGCUCUCUCGACCAGAUGAAAACGAUUCUACCAAACGACGCCAUUUUGAGAUCUCUAUUGACUCGCCAUUCAACAUCCUUUCUUGUCGUGCCACACAAGCGAACAUCUCGCUCCCUGCUUACAGUGCUGGUGGUGGUCUUCCAGCCUCCGCCGAUGAGUUCGAGUGCGGAUGCCCAGGUGCUGCACUCAGAAGACGAAACACCCCCCCUGUAUCUCAAAGUCGGAUUCAAUCUGUCAAUAACUCGACAGAUUUCAGUGCUCCAGCGCCUGGUGUGAGCCGAAGUUGGACGAAUGAUACAGGUGGAUUGACGAUGCCUACGCAAGCACACGUGCACAACGACCCCAAUGCUGGACAAUCAAGACCUAUCCACUUGCUGAGAAGUCCCUCCUUCAACCCACCGGCCUUUGAUGAUGACGAGCCACCCCCUCCUUUGGUCACUCCGCCUCCCCUGUACGAUAACAUUGUGCCUGGAGAUUCGACAAGCGCGUUAGCGGAUUAUUUUGCCCGUCUCGCGGAUGAAACUUCCGAUGAAGACGAUCGCUUGGAUCGAUCACGUGUAGAUUACCCUCUGACUCCUGGCGGACGGGUCAACAGGAGUAUGGAUAUUCCGAGGAAUUGGAUGCCAUUGGGCGCGGGAGCCAACGCGGAACCAACUCCAUCAUCACUGUCAUCUUCGACAUCGGUAGCACAUUGA